AGGGGGUGAUUAAAGAGGGGGUGUCUCCACAGCGACUGAGUCGAGCUGUUUGAGUCACAUGACCUGGGUUUCUAUUGAAACCCAGUGAGAAGAGUCUUGAAGCUCAGCCUUUAGUCCAUGUUUUGGAAGCCAAUGGCAGCAACAUGAGUGGAGCCCAACAGGACCGAGCAAUGACGGCAGACAGCCUCCCUCUAAACAAGACGGCAGCUUUGGGACUACAUGACCAGGAGAUGAACACAGCUCUCUCGGAGUUCAAAGUGUUUAAUAUUGUCAUCAUUGCCCUGGCCUUAUGUAUCCUCACCAUCACCGGAUUGUACUGCAUCACUGUCUGCUACAACCGCAGCAGGCAGUCAAAGAGAGCCCACGUUUAUGAGAGUGCAGUGACCCGAGGCGAGCCGCUGGACCCUGUGGCGGUCAAAGCGGUAAAGAGGUCGACCAGUUUCAUCAACCCUCUGGCCUUCUUCAGGAAACCAGAGGCAGCAAAGGACAACUCCAGGAUCUAUUACAUCUACAGUAACCCGCUGCCUGUAGGACUGAAGGAGGAAGAGGAGAUGGGGGAAACCAAAGCCCCACAAGGACGAGAGGAGCAAACUGAACUGUCUUUUCAGGAGUAUGCCAACGAUCCAAACAGUGGCGUCAUCCUGGACCCUCCAAUUUUUUACAUGCAGCUUUAGAGGGUAGGAGGGAGAAUCUUAAAGGUCUGAGACCUGAUCUCUGUGACUGUGUCUAUCAAAAUGUCAACAUGUACAGGCCAAUAAAGAGGCAAUAACAUUCAGUUUAGUGAGUACUACUCAUCCUGUAAAAAACAGUAGUAUAAUGUCCUCUGUAGCUCAAGUCUAGGAACAUAAUUAUUGUUAUUUCAGCAAAGGAUUUGAGACUACAAACUUACAACAGACAACCUAUGUUCUAGACACUGGUAUGAAGUUUGAAAGACGUGCCUAUUUGCCAGGCAAGGAGCUUACAAUGCUAUCAAGCUGCAUUAUGGGAAAUGUAGGUUUCAGUCCAAUACUAUCGACUUAAAUUGAGGAUAUUUCUUCCACUGUUGCUUCAAUUUUGACCGUUCUUUGUAUUAAUUAGUCUCUUGUGUGUCCCAUUAAAUACUAAAUCACUGGUGUAA